AUGCAGCCAUUUGCAAACCUGUAUUGGACACCAGAUUACAUAACUGGUCUACACAACCUACAAUCCCAUACGAAUGUCUCGUUGAAACAAUUACACGAUUUGCGAAAGUUGGUUUUUAAUUACUUGAAAUAUUUUCAUUCCAAUAGCGAGUACUUGAAUACAUCCAGCAAUGAAUUGGCAUCAUCUGACUCAUUCAGUGGUAAAUUCGGCGAAACUCCAAAAUACUAUUCCUGUGUUGAGCUAUUCAAAAAUGAAAUGUUGGGCGAAUCAACAACGUUGCUACAAUUGGCAUCGAAUAUUGACAAGUUUGUUCUUGACGAUUUAACGAAAUACCUCAAACAUCAUGAACCGAGUAUACAGAAGGAAUUUAGCCGAUUGGAAGAGCUCUAUGAAGGGUAUCUUGCAUUGAGUAGAAAGGUGGAAAAGAGCAAGACAAAGUAUUUUGAUGAGCUAAGGCUGAAGGAGACAUCAAAAGCGCAAGGCACUCUACUGGUGCAACAACAGCUAGAUGAGGAUGACUAUGAUUACAGUGAUGAAGAGUCCUACUUUGAAGAAGAUUCCCAAAGUAGUGUACGACAAGAUUUUGAUAUCGAUUUGCAAUUUCCAUUAUCUGUCGGUAGUGUCACCUUCGAAACCAUGGAAGAGUUCCAAGUCGUACUAUCGAAAUUGAUUGCUGAUACCCCCACUGUCAAACGCACGAUACCCAUCCCAGGAUACAAAAAUGAUCUUUUUGCCAGUGAGUCACUUUGUGAAGUGCUUAACGAUUUACGAAUCAAAGGGUUGAAACCGACAAGAUCAAAUUUUGAGAAAUUCGGACAAUCUUUGGUAUCUUUGAAGUUGGUCAAUCCUACUAAUAUCUUCCAAAAGCGGUUCAAAAGCGAAGGAGUUUGGUUCGAAUGGUCGGACUUGGCUAUUCGUGUGUCUGAAUUUAAACAAGAAUCAGCACCAUCUACCCCCAUCAAACAGGUAACCAGCACAGACCGUAAAGUUACUUCCCCUUCAUCCAGAUUCAUGAACGACAUGGCGGAAACGACGAAUAGAUUCAACAGUAUGUUUAACAAUGUGAAAAGUUCAAUCAUGAAAAAGAGCCAUGAUGAGACCCUACAGGAUACCAUUGAGCAGUACAACGAGCAAAGUCUUGAGCUACAAGAGUUGGCAUAUCUCUUGCAAAAGGGUUUUACUGAACUAGCGCAGUAUUUAGAGAAAUUUGAAACAACAAAAAUACAAAUCAUUUACACCAGUUCAGCGAAGUUGCUGCAGAUAAUUCAAAAAUUUCACUUGCAACAAUUUAACCAAAUUCAAGCUUUUGGUAGGGGCAUAGCAGAGUUGAACAAACAGCAAAACUAUGAGCACGACCUAGCCCUACAUCUAAACAAGCUGAGUACUGGUGUAAUGUUUUCGUUGAAUGGAGAUGUCUCCUUUUCCCUACAAAACUUGGUGUACCAGUUCAAUAUUUUUGAAGACAUAUCAGCUCAAAUUAAUAAUGUGGGACAGAUAUCUGAUAAUUUGCCAUUGAGUAUACUCUCAGCGCCGUAUUUUGUCCACCAACUCCACCGAGUUAUUGAGACACACAUUGAUGAGGACUUGAAAUCGGCAUGGCUACAGCCAUUGGAUUUGCAGUCAGCAUGGAAAAUCAAGCAAGAUGUUACUACUGUGAUUUCUAAAUGUUCUGUUCCGGUUGGUGAAACCAGCAAGAACCAAAAGACUAACAUUAUCAACAAUAUCAUCAAACACUUUGAAGGGAAGAAAGCUGAAGAUAGCAUAACUUUCUACAAAACUUGGUUAUUGGAACUCAAAGAUAGCGUGGUUCCGAGUACGGUGUUUGAAUCUGUAAUCAAUUUGUACAAUGGUGAGCACGCAGACACCAAUUUAAUCAAGGUGCUUUCUUCAUUGCCGCGGUGUAAUUUAGCGUGUUUACUUUCCAUUACAGAGCACAUAUGCAAGGUUUUCCAGUUGGAUGUGUUUCCAAAUUAUGGCAUGUCAGACGAUUUUGCUGAAAUGUCUUCAAAGAAUUCUGAUGAAUUGCAACGUAUUUCCAAAGCCUUGAACAAUAUGGAUGCCGUGGGUGCUAUACCUUAUGUACAUUUGAUUAUGAGACCAUCUGUAGCAAAGCACAAGUCUGGGUUCAAGCCACCUGUUGACUACUACGUCCAAUUCCUCACUGAGUUGUUGAAACCAGAGACCAGAAAAGCUUUGCUUGACAAACUAAUUGAGCAUGAAACAAAAUAUAAGCAAAAGAAGGAGUAUGAGUUGAAGGCAGGCUUGCAGAUCAAAAAAUUACCCAUAAUUGAAACCCCAACUAGCCAACGCAAGGAUGAACAAGUUGUGAAAGAUGAGGAUGGCUCAGUCACUCCAACUAAGCAAAAGAGCCUUGCAACGAAAGAAUUGAAAGCACCAAACCCUGUCAGUGCGGAUGCAUUCACUCUCCGACCAUUCAAGACCAAAUCUACACCAAUACCUUCUCCUCGAAGCUCACCAAAACACGGGUUGAGAGAAAAUGGGGGCCAAAAUAGAUCCCGAAGCUCUUCUAUCUUGAACUCCGCCAUUGACGUAUAG